CAAAUCACCAAGCUGAAUUUUAACAAAAAGCACAAAAAUAUUAGUAAUUAUUAAAAAAUAAAUAUAAAAUUUAAAAUGAGUGCAAAAGCAUUAUUCGCCUGUUCGAAAUGUUAUACUCGACACCCGUAUGAAGAACUCUCUUCAGGACAGCAGCUAUGCAAGAUGUGCCGUGGGUCUACCUCAGUUGUUAAAUGUACUUACUGCCGCUCGGAAUUUCCCUCCGCCACCAGCAAAUCACAAAGUGCCUGCAAAAAAUGCGAACAUUAUUUGGCCAAAUAUGGCAAGCCCAGCGCCUGCGAAUGCUGCAAAAUAGUUGCCGCCUUUGGUAGUUCCAAAUGCAUGAGAUGCGCAAGCUACGAGGCUAAAUAUGGACCGCCAACACAAUGCGACGAGUGCAAGCUGCGAUCAGCCUUUGACAGGCGCGACGAGAACAAAAAGGUCAAUGGCAAAAUGCUUUGCUGGCUGUGUACGUGCGCCUAUAAGCGUGCCUUGCUGAAAGCACAGCAGGAGGGGCGAAUAUCCAUGUCUAAGAAGCGGCCACACGACAAAUCCUCCGCCACGUCAAGUCAUCGAGACAGCGCCUCUGCUAAAAAGCCCUCACGCGGUGGUGAUAUUGGCAAAAGCGGCAGCAGUGGUAUGAAUGCUGUUAGUGCUGCUGGUAUGGAGCUACCUGACAAGCUGUCGCGUGGUAAUAGCGGCAAUGGCAACAUAACAGCGCCAGUUGCCAUUAGUGUGGACACAAACUCAUCAGAUCAUGUGGUUGCUAUAACACAUCUCAAAGAGCGCAUUGCCAGCCUAGAGAAGCGUCUAAAUCACAAAGACAAGGAACUUUUGGAAAAGGACAAACAGCUCACAGAGCUUAAGGGCAAAAACUUUGAAAAGGAAAACGAAAUGCGCAACAGACUAAAAGAAGUAGAGCGCCUGCAUGAUAUGAAGGUAGACAACUUGAAUCGUAAGGUAGCCAGUUUGUUGAAGGAUCUGGCUGUCAUGAAGAAAAGCAACAACAACAACAAAAAGAACAGCGCAAAGUCUGAGAAAGAAGCGAUCAAGCGUGAAAACUUAUCGCCCAAAGAGGAAGUCGUUGCCAGCGUUGUCACUAGUGCUGGUGAUAUGAAGCCUGAGCUAGACAAAGACGAGAAAAGUCAGGAUCGUGAUGACGAAUCCAAUGAUCGUGCCAGCGUGCACACACGUUCCAGUUCAAGCAGCCCUUCUUCAAACUGAGACACGCACAUUUCAAAAUCCCCAACAAGAAUCCAUACUUGUUGUAAUCACUUUUAGUUUGUCGCUUUUCUUUUUUUUAGCUAUAUUUGCAUUAAUUGUAACAUAAUUUUUACCACAUUUUGUUUAUGAUGAAUUUUUUACAUGUAUUCCAACUCCACCCUCCUCCCUCUCCGUAUGUACUACUUUUAUUCAAUGUCAACCAUCUGAUUAGAAAAUGUAAUUUUUAUAGGCUCAACUUAUCAAAUUUUCUUUAGUUUAAUUAUGCGCUACAUGAAAAAAACGCAAAAAAAAACAGAUAACGAAAGCAUUGUUUAACAACUUAAGAAAUACAUAUUAAUGUUGGGAACACAAUCAACUAUUAAAA